AUGCGAGGUGCUGGGGCUGUGACGAACUUCACCGUCCGCGUCGCACUCCUCCUCUUGGCCGCCGCCACCGCUCUCGCCGCGGGCGGGGCGCUGGCGGAGGUGCAGCAAACCGGCACCGUGACGACGCUGCAGGUGCGCUACAACGCGAGUGCGAAUGCAUUUUCCGUCACGGAGGGGGCGUUGUUUGGCCCCGUCGCCGCCACGCUGCGGGUGAACGACUCCUUCUCGCAGACCGGCUGGGACGUUGUGGAGGCGGCGGCGGCGGAGGCGUUCCUGGACUCCGGCCCCCGCCUCGGCGAGGCCGAGCGGCUGCGGGUGGCCUACCAGGCGAUGGGCUACGGCGAGGGCUACGCCACGCAGCUGCGCAUGGAGCAGACGCUCAACAACACGUUCCUCGGCGAAGACGGCCUCGGCGCGGUGCUGCGCCGCAACCCGCAGGUCGAGGGGUGGGUGGAGAAGCAUCUGGCGCACAUGAACACCAGCGCGGCGGCCGCUGCCGCCGGCGACGAGUACGGGCAGCAGCUGAAGAACAUGCUCUCCCUCCUCGACGGCCUCUUGGCGGGGUACAACGACCGUGUGCGGGGGCGCGGGCCAUUGCUGAACCGCACGUGGCUGUUUUACCUGAACUUUCAGGAGGAGGUGGGCGACGUCGCCAGGGCGGUGACGCCUGCCGCGGCCUUCGCGCAGCUGCAGGAGCUGAGCCCGCGAUUUUUGAAGGACCUGCACUGCUCCGCGCUGGUGAAGUUGACGCCGUACGACAUCUUCUUCUCGCACGUCACGUGGUCCUCCUUCAACACGAUGCUGCGGCAGUACAAGACGUACCGGGUGGGGGCCCGCUCGGUCACCAUGACCUCCUACCCCGGCGCCGUCCACAGCAUCGACGACUGGUACAUGACACACGCCCGGCUGGCCGUGAUGGAGACGACCAACGGCGUCUCGAACCGCAGCCUCUUCGCCGGCCUCUCCCCCAACACCGUGUCUGAGUUUCUGCGGGUGAUGAUUGCCAACUUCCUCGCCACCGACAGCCCCUCGUGGGUGAAGUACUUCGCCCGCAACAACAGCGGGACGUACAACAACCAGUGGAUGGUGCUCAACUUGGGGGCGGUGAGGAACCCCGGGGCGCCGCUGCCCGCCAACACGUUUUGGGUGGCGGAGCAGCUGCCGAGCUCCGCCGACGCGUCCGGGGUGACGGCCGCCGACAUGACGGAGCACCUCAGGAAGCACGGCUACUGGGCGAGUUACAACAUACCGUACUUUGAGAACGUCUACAACGUCUCCGGUUACCCGCAGAAGGUGGAGAAAAAAGGGGACUUCUUCUCCUACACAAAGUGCCCCCGGGCACGGAUGUUUAAGCGCAACCACAGCGACGUGGUUGACCUCGAAAGCAUGAAGCGACUCAUGCGGUAUAACAACUACAAGGAGGACGAGCUCUCCCGCAUUCAAAACUGCAAAGGGGCUGGGACGAACAACACGUGUGACCCGCCGUAUAGCGCCAUGUUGGCCAUCGCCUCACGCGGCGACUUGAACCCUCCAGGCAACACAACAAACUACGGCCCGCUUGCCGGCCACAUCGGCCACAUCAACCACGGCGCAACCGAUGCGAAGAUUGGCUCCUGGAGUGGGAUGGUGCUGGACCCCGGCCACUACACCGCCCACGUCGUGUGCGGCCCCACAAGCGACCAGCAGCCCCCAUUUCUCUGGAAGGAGGGCCUCUUCACGCCGAUGCCUGAGAAGGUCGGUCUGCCGGAUUUGUACAACUUCAGUUUCGUGACAUACACGACCGACGUUUUUUGGGAUCACACAGACAAGGAGAAUACGCGCAACAAAUGGAUUGGCAUCGGCAUUGGCAUUGGGGCGGCGGGGCUGGUUCUCGUUUCCAUCGCGGUCGUCAUCUUCCGCGCACACCGCCGCGCCAAGCUGCUGAGCGAGGAAACCCUCCUCGCCCAGUGA